GUGCUUCGUGCCAUCUCUGCCAACCAAGAUUCUGCGCAGCCCUUCGCUGUGGACGCUGCUGCUGUGGAAGCUUCUGGGGAGCAGGGCGAUGCAGAUGAGGAGCGCCCUCUGCAGGGGAAUGGGGCGGCAGCCAGCUCGGAUGGCUCCUGUUGUCCUAGUCUUGAGGCCCAGCUCAUCUUCGACGUUUUCUUGAAGCGGCUUCCCCCGGAAGAUGCCAAGGAUGAGGUAGAGCAGCCUGCUCCGAAGAAGGCCAAGCUGGAUGUGGCGAGGCCCUUGCGUGGCUGCGUGCCGCAGAUUGCAGAAGACAAGGUGUCUGUGAAUUCUGAGAAUGCUGGAGACCUCGUGAAGGUUGAGAAGCUCUGUGUGGUGAAGGCUGCUAAGCAGUCGUACAUUCAAGCUGUUUGCAACGGGCGGAAACGCUUGCUUGUGAGCGUGACGCCUUCGAUGUCGGCGAAGCAUGAGGCAGUCAUUGCUCAGUUGCUGGCUCUGGCCAAGCCCUUGCACGAAAGCCUCCUCUUCCGUGACCUCAAGCAACUGCUCCUCGAAGCAAGGACGAAGUUGCUGUGA